UGAAAGCUAUCUGCCUGGAAACUAAUUGAAAUUACUUCAAACUGUGUAACUGCGUAAUCUUUCGACGCCUAUUUCAACCGCGGUUUAUAAAUAUCAUUCCUUUCGGUUGCUAUGGUUUCGAGGACUUAACUUUAUUAGCAUUUGUGUCGUUUUAUCUGAACGGGUGUACUGAAAUCAAUUGGUUUUUAUUGCGGGAUGGGGUCUGUAAUAUGGAACGAAAAUUUCUGGUUUCCUGCUAAUGUUACAUGGGAGUUAAUAGAGGAAAUUAAUUCAGUUGGAGUUGCACCAACAUUGAGAAAAUCAAUGGAUUGUUUGUAUGUUGUAGUUUUUCUCACAGUUAUUCGUCACUAUCUCAAGGAGUUUGUGUUUUUAUCCCAUGGUUUGUCAAUGGGCUUACGAGCCCCGAAACAGACUCGCGUUCCUCAUAUACCGCUAUUAGAGGAAGUCUACUAUAAAGAAAAAAGGCCAAACGGUGAUCGAAUCAAGGUAAUCCCUUUAUUCUGGUCAAAUAUAUGUCAGGAAAUUGCAAAGUCGCUAAAGCUAAGUGAGCGUAUGGUCGAAGUAUGGUUUCGAAGAAGACGUAAUCGGGAGAAGUCCCCCAUAAUCGUAAAAUUUGUGGAGUCUGAGUGGAAGUUUUGUUACUAUACCACUAUGUUCGUUUAUGGAUUAUUCUCAUUAUACAAAAAGUCCUACUUGUGGGAUGUUAGAGAUGCCAUGCAGAAUUAUCCAUAUUAUGUUAUGCCUACGGAAAUUCACUGGUAUUACAUGAUACAACUCGGAUAUUAUACAGCUUCCUUAAUAUGGGUAUUUUAUGAAGUUAAACGGUCGGAUUUCAAAGUUCUUCUUGGACACCAUAUUGCAACAGUAUCCUUAUUAGCCUUUUCGUAUAUUACAAAUCAUCAUCGAAUCGGUGCAUUAAUUCUUUUACUACAUGAUAUCGCUGAUUGUUGGAUGGAGGCAGCUAAAUUAUGCAAAUAUGUUAAGAAACAUGCAGCCUCUGAAGUGUUAUUCACUAUUUUUGUAUUUGUAUGGAUUGUAACAAGAUUAACUUAUUUCCCACUAUGGGUGAUAUGGACAACAUAUAAAUUUGGUAUUGUUGAGCAUGGACCAUAUCCAGCUUCUUGUAUUAUGGUUGGAUUUCUGUUAGUCUUACAAGCUCUACAUAUUUACUGGUUUUGUUUAAUUGUGAAGGUUGCAUUCCAAUUGAAAACACAAGGAUGUAUGGCCAAAGAUUGUCGCAGUGAAAGUGAACCGUCUGAUUCAUCAGAUCCACCAAUAAAAGUUGAUUAGUUCAAUUGACAAUUAAAUCAACCUGCUACAAAUAAUACAACAACAAUGUCAAUCAUGCACAAAAACUGAAGAGAAGGAAAAUCAAAAUCAAAGUCUAAUGACAAAAUAACCUUGGAGAGAAAAAAUCAUGCAUUAAAUAUCAUGAUUACACACCGAUUAUACAAUCAGUUAAAUAGAGAAAAAGAUUUUGAAGGUAACAUUUCUUUCCUUUUUUUGUCCUCUAACUUCCCAUGUUUUGUGAUAUAGUAAUGCUUGUGUUUGUCUGUGUGUGUGUGUCUGUGUGAGCUUCCACUAAUUGGCUUCUUCACAAUGUCACUCUUUAUCUCUUGGUUUUCAUCUUCAAUACCCGUCUCCCUCUUUCCUGCUAUCCGAACGGUUAUUAAAUCAUGUAACAGACAGUAUCUUUCUCUCUUUAUUUGUUCAUUAAUUCACCAUUCUCAAUGACGUCUUUCGCAAAGUGAGAAAAACAGACAAUGGCAACAACUGACCACAGGAUUGUCGUUUGCUGCAUCUUAUGGACUGUACUUUCCUCUUUAUCUAUCUCUUUGUAUGUAUGUUUUAAUAUCUUCCUUUGUUUACUGCUUGCUAUUGUUAAUAAUUUAAGAAAGUUUAGGUGGUAGUAUCGCUUCCAGUGUUUAAAGUAUCCUAC